AUGCUCUGGACCUCCACGUUGAGUGGCCAGACGGCCCAUCUAACGGCCUUUACUGUUGGUGCCUUAUUUCAUAUAUUGCUUUUCAGACGUGGCGAAUGGGACAACUACGCUUCAAAGAUUGUCCUGGCAUUUGCCACUUCCUUUUCAGUCUUCGUCGCUGUUGUGUUAUAUGGAGCGCCAGUGCCAUCACAAGAUGAGCUGUGGCAGGCCAUCCAAGACGUAUCCUCCCUCUAUGGCGCACUCAUCGCUGGCCUCUCCGUGAGCAUGGUGCUCUACCGCACUCUGUUACACCCUUUGAGACGUUUCCCGGGCCCGUUUGCUGCCAAGAUUUCUGGCGUUUACGCUACACGGCUUGCGAGGAAGAAUGAACAGUUCUUCAUCGAGGCAAAGAAACUGCACGAGAGGUAUGGGGACUUUGUCCGCCUCGGCCCCUCGGAAAUAUCCAUCGCACAUCCGAAAGCUGUGCAAGCCCUACACGCCAACUCAUCGCCGUGUUCCAAGGGCCCAUGGUACAACACUCAGCUUCCAGCCAGGUCGGUCCAUACAACCCGAGACCGUGAAGACCAUGGGCGAAGGCGCAAGGUCUGGGAUCAGGGCUUCUCAUCAAAAUCUCUUCGGGAUUACGAACCCCGCGUCAGGACCUACACAAACCAACUCCUGUCUCAGAUUGAUGCCAAGAAAUACGGCGCAAUUAAUGUGUCCAAGGAAUUCAAUCUGUACAGCUUUGACGUCAUGGGCAACUUGGCUUUUGGCAAGAACUUUGGCCUCAUCAUGUCACAGAAGAUGCAUCCUGCCAUGGAACUACUCCAGGCCACAACAGCAUUAAGUGGGAUGUUGAUGCACAUGUCGUGGGUCGUCCUGUUUGGCAGGAACAUUCCGCUUUUGACAAGACAUUUGAAAUCUUUUGAACGCUGGCUCGACGAACAGACAAGGGAGCGAAUGGAGAAUGAGCCCGAUAUCCCGGAUGUGUUUUCCUGGGUUCUAGGAGACUAUCGAUCCAAAGUGCAGCCGACGAAACAGGACUAUAUCGAUCUAUGCGGCGACUCGAUGCUCAUUGUCGUUGCGGGAAGCGACACAACUGCCACAUCUCUCACUUGCCUGUUUUUGCAGUUGACACAGAACCCGGCGAAGUGUCGAAAGCUGCAGGAGGAGAUUGAUAAGUACUUUGCGGACCGGGAGAGCACGGAUCACGCAUCGUUGGCCAAACUACCAUACCUGCAGGCUUGCAUCGACGAGUCACUCCGCUUGUACCCACCCGUUCCAUCGGGACUACAGAGAGUCACUCCGCCAGGUGGGAUUCGUGUGGAGAACACAUUCAUCCCAGGCGACACGAUCGUGCAGGUUCCUAGCUACACACUCUAUCGAGACCAACGAGUGUUCCCACGCCCGGAUGAGUUUGUUCCUGAGCGAUGGACUUCGGAACCCGAACUUGUCAAAGAUAAAGGAAUCUUUGCCCCAUUCUCCAUUGGUCGAUAUUCAUGCGUAGGCAAGCAGCUUGGGCUCAUGGAAAUCCGUACUGUCACUGCUGAGCUUCUGCGCCGCUAUAAUGUUUCUCUGGCCCCUGAUCAAUCAGUCAAGGCUUUCACCGACAAACUUGUGGACGGCUUCACUCUGAGUUGCCCAAAGCUAGACAUUAUUUUCACGCCCAGAGAAAAGGGUAGUCUGAAUUGA